CUUUCGGUUUAAAAUGAAUUUGCCUCGAGCUGUUUCUCUUUUAACAUGAUAGGAGGCUUACAUUGCGAAGAGGCGAACUAUAACGACAACAAUAAAAGUUUUAAAGAUUCGCACCGUAUUCUUCAGCCUACUAGUAAAACUUGCUCAGAUUUUGGCCCUUUAUCCGAUUUGUUAAAACAAUAUUAUUGUCGGCUCUUCCCUUUUAUUGACUACUACCAUUGGCUUUCGUAUGGAAACGAGGAUUACUUUGCUAAUCGAGAGUUUAGCUUCACCCUUCGGGAUGAUAUUUAUAUUCGUUACCAAUCUUUUAAUAACUGGAAAUCGCUUAAAGAAUCGUUGAAAGAUAUCUGUCCUAACAAAAUCGAUGUUGGUGCUGUUUACAGUGCACGACCAAACAUGCAUAAAAGCAUAAAGUCAUCGGCCUUUAAGCCUUUAGAGAAGGAAUUGGUGUUUGAUCUUGAUAUGACUGACUACGACGACGUGAGAAUUUGUUGUCAAGGAGCCGACGUUUGUAGACUUUGCUGGCCAUUUAUGACUGCCGCCGUAGAAGUUUUGGACUCGAUUCUUAGAGAGGACUUUGGUUUUAAGCAACUUCUCUGGGUUUAUUCUGGCCGCCGUGGGAUCCACUGCUGGGCUUGCGAUAAACGGGCUCGCGCUCUUACCUCGGAGCAGCGAAACUCCGUGAUUUCUUAUUUGUCCGUCGUUACGGGAGGAGAGCACGCGAUCCAAAAAGUUCAGCUAUCCAAUCCGGCCUUUCCUUUGAUUGAAAGAUCCACAGCUAUCCUUCUUCCCUACUUUGAAGAAAUUAUUCUUAAAAACCAGAAAUUGCUGCAAAAUGAUAAAUUCCUGGAAGUUUUCCUUUCUUAUAUAAAUAAUAAAAGCUUAAGUAUGCAGUUAAAAGAAGAUUGGCUCAGGGACGAGCCUGACGAUUCAGAUUGUUCCGUUUCCUUACAGCGUUGGAAGCAACUUGAAUUUCAUUUAAAGAAAUUAAAAAAAUGGGAAGUUUAUCGAAAGGAAGUGGUUCUUCAUUUUACUUAUCCGCGCCUCGACGUCAACGUAUCCAAACAAUUGCAUCACUUAUUAAAGAGUCCUUUUUCCGUGCAUCCGAAAUCAGGAAAAAUUUGCGUUCCGAUUUUUGCUUCUCGCAUUCACGAUUUUGAUCCUUUUAACGUUCCAACAAUUAGUGAUUUGUGUCGAGAAGCAGAUGAAGUUUUCGAGUGCGACGCGAGGGAUUCGGAAGAUGAAAGUUGCUCAACUUUGCCUAAAAAACGCAAAGGGAACGGACGAUAUACAAACUCACUACAGGAGUACACGGAUUACUUUAAAUCCUUUGUGGAAAGUCUUAGCAAGUCUGAAGACCUACACAAUCAAAAAAAAAAAUUGGAUUUUUAAAUGAAGGUCAUGACAAUAUUUUGUACUGUAU